AUGGUUUCCCAGAAACCCCAUGGCACCAUAGAAUACACUGCCGGAAAUCAGGACACUAUAAACAGCAUAGCAUUAAAGUUUAACAUCACCCCAAACAAGCUUGUGGAACUCAAUAAACUUUUUACGCACACGAUUGUUCCAGGACAGAUUCUCUUUGUGCCAGAAACAAGUGCUGGAAGGCUGUCUUUCAGCCCUGGUGCUCCUGUUUCUCCUUCGUCAUCAGAUGCUGAAUAUGAUAAACUGCCUGAUGCUGAUUUGGCAAGAAAGGCCUUCAAACCAGUUGAGAGAGUCCUGUCCUCUACUUCAGAAGAGGAUGAGCCUGUGGUUGUCAAGUUUUUAAAAAUGAAUUGUCGCUACUUCACAGAUGGCAAGGGUGUAGUUGGAGGAGUCAUGAUAGUAACUCCAAACAACAUCAUGUUUGACCCGCAUAAGUCAGAUCCUCUGGUCAUUGAGAAUGGCUGUGAAGAAUACGGGCUCAUCUGCCCCAUGGAGGAGGUUGUCUCUAUAGCUCUCUACAAUGAUAUUUCUCACAUGAAGAUUAAAGAUGCAUUGCCAUCGCCAGGAGAAUGGGAAGACCUUUCUUCUGAAAAAGAUAUCAAUCCUUUCAGCAAAUUCAAAUCCCUUAGCAAGGAGAAGAGGCAGCAGAAUGGCGUUUCAUCCACUGCUCUGGGUGCCAAACAAAUAAAGCCUUCAGAUACAGAAAAGUCUGCUGAUUUUGAAGUUCUUCAGUCUUCUGAGAGUACAGUUUCAAUCAAAUCAAAAUCAUUGGAGUUUUCCAACAACAUCACUGCCACUGAGCAUCUGGAAAAGUCUGCUGCAGAGCCACAUGCCAAGGAGCUUUCUGGGGAGAAGAACGUGUCAGACCUCAAAACCAAAGAGAACUCCCUCCUGGGAGGAGGAGAGGGCGAUUUCAUUGAACUGGAGGAGACGUCCUCUUGUAUGGACAGAGGGUUGAACAGCAAAGGCUCAGUGAUGGAGGGCUUUCUGGCUGACCCCAGGGAGCUGGGGAGAACGAAGCAGCAGGUAACCAAACCCACUGCAGAAGUCCAGGAGCGCUUGACAGUUGAUUCCUUGGAAAAAAAGGACAGUAUUGAACCCAAAGCUGACUUAGACUUAGAGCUGUGUGAAAAGCAAGAUGUUAUUCCAGAAGUAAACAAAUGUGUCAGUUCCCCAACAGGUAAGGUGGAGACUGCAUUGGACACUAAGAAAGAGCUAGAGAAAGAUAAACUUAUUGAAUUUUACCUCAAUAAAGAUGGGAAUGGGUCUCAGUCAUCUGAAGACUUGCACAAGGCUGAAAUCCAGAAAGGUGAAAACAAUAAAGCAAUUGGCAUAGACCUUACACUUAGCAGUUCAAAGUCCCAAGCUAAUGAAGUCCAUACAGUUAAAAGUAUGGAGCUUGAAUCCCGCUAUUUUGAAAGGAAAGCACCUUCAUUAGAAAUCAGCUCAGCAGCAGCAGAGAAAAAGGAUCUGAAAGAGUCUGUGGACUCUUCGUUAGUACCAGCUGUAGACAAGACCUGUCAAGAAGCACAGUUAGACAAUCAAUCAGAAAUCAGACUGUGGCUGCUGCAGAAAAUUCAAGUGCCAAUUGAAGGUAGGUCUCUGGUUAUCCUUGUUUUCUCUGAGAGCUGGCCAAGUUGUGAUGGCUUUUGGACAGCGAUGAAGAGAUUGAUUCUUUUGCUAAAAAAUCUUGCAAUGGGUAUAGCUUACAGUGUCAGAGGGGUAGAUCAUUUAUACACAUUUUUUGUUCAGUGGUCACCAGAAAUAUAUGGGAAAGAUGCCAAAGAGCAAGGUUUUGUUGUAGUAGAGAAGGAGGAACUUGAUAUGAUAGACAACUUCUUCAGUGAGCCAACUACUAAAAGCUGGGAGAUCAUUACCGUAGAAGAAGCAAAAAGACGAAAGAGCGUUUGCAGUUAUUGUGAGGAUGAUGACGAUGAUACCUUACCUGUCCUAAAGCACCACAGUGCUCUCCUGGAGAACAUGCACAUAGAGCAGCUUGCCCCGCGCUUGCCUGCGAGAGUGCAGGGCUAUCCAUGGCGGCUGGCGUACAGCACCCUGGAGCAUGGGACCAGCCUCAAGACUCUGUACCGUAAAUCGGCAGCGCUUGACAGUCCAGUUCUCCUGGUCAUCAAGGAUAUGGACAACCAGAUAUUUGGAGCAUAUGCUACACAUCCUUUCAGGUUUAGUGAUCACUACUAUGGCACAGGUGAAACAUUCCUCUACACAUUCAGUCCAAAUUUCAAGGUAUUUAAAUGGAGUGGUGAGAACACCUACUUCAUCAACGGAGACAUGAGCUCUCUGGAACUUGGAGGUGGAGGUGGCCGAUUUGGCUUAUGGUUAGAUGCAGAUUUGUAUCAUGGGCGAAGCAAUUCCUGCAGCACCUUCAAUAAUGACAUCUUAUCUAAGAAAGAAGAUUUCAUAAUACAAGAUGUGGAAGUAUGGACAUUUGAAUGAAAUACUAACUGCCUUAAGGACUGGAUCCAUUAGGCACUUAAGAGCUGAAAAGAAGGUGCAGGCUGCCUCACAAUGUUACACGCUUUUUUUCCUCAAAUUGUACUGGAGCAUGACUACGCCAAACAAAAGAAAA